AUGGGGAAGAAAAUCCGCAUCCUCGGUCUUCAUGGCUACGGAACGAGCGGAGCCAUCUUCUCAUCGCAAACCUCAUCCUUUCGCCGCUACCUCGAACAACAAUACGACCAAAUUGGCGAUGGUGACACAUUCGACUUCGACUUCGCCAACGGCUUCCUUGACUCCAGCCCAGCAGCCGGCAUAGAACUCUUCUACAACCCUCCCUAUUACUCAUGGUGGCCCGCCGACCCAAGCCUGGAAGACAUGGCAAAGGCCCGCGAACGACUCAAACUCUACCUUAAACAAAACGGUCCUUUCGAUGGGGUGAUUAUGUUUUCGCAGGGCUGCACGUUAGGCUCCAGUCUGUUAUUAGAGCAUUAUAAGGAUACACCGCAGGACCCGCCACCAUUUAAAUUUGCGAUUUUUAUUUGUGGUGGUCCGUCGCUCAAACAGUUGGAGUCUGAGUUUGGAUUUACCAUCAAUUCGGAGUUGUGGGAAGUCGAUGCUGCGUCGCGCCGGGCUCUGGCACGUCGAGCUGAUACGGCCGCGAUUUUGGCGCAAGGCUCAGAUCGCUGGUCAAAUGAUGUUAACGAUAUUACCGACUACUCAGUCAAAGAAUUAGUAGAUAUGGUGAAGGGACCGUAUCAGAUCAAGAUCCCCACGGUGCAUGUUGUGGGUCGUAAAGACCCCAGGAAUUUGGCUGGUCAUCAGUUGCAUGCUAUCAGUCAUCCAGAUAUUGCCAGGAUCUUUGAGCAUGAGGGCGGCCAUGAUAUUCCGAGGAAUGAGGCGACGAGUACCACUAUUGCGAGGCUGGUUAGAUGGGUGUCUUCCUCGAUUACUGCGGAAAAAGCGAAGCAGAUUCGUGGUAUAUAG